GUUGAGACUGAAAAGUCUCAUAUGUCUGUAGCCAGAAUUGUACUGAGAACAGGCUACAAAGACAUCCAAUACCAGCCUCUCCCCAAGGAAAUCGAGGACGCUGACGACGUUGAAUCGCCAGUUUCAGUUGGAGGUUGUAAUUUGGACAUUGCCACUACGCCUACUUCCAGCGGCCAUGAGCAGCAGCGGCUGUUAACUGACGAUGGAGAAGCAAACAUUCCCUUACAGACAGAUGAUCCUGAAUUUAAUGAACUCAUUGUCGAGUCAGAAAGAGCUAUAGAUGAAGGAAUUCUACCAGACAGAAUAUACCAAGGAAGCAGUGGCAGUUAUUUUGUAAAGGACCGAGAUCGCAAAACUGUUGGUGUUUUUAAGCCAAAAAAUGAGGAACCUUACGGACAUUUAAACCCUAAGUGGACAAAAUGGAUGCACAAGAUGUGUUGCCCAUGUUGUUUUGGCAGAUCUUGUCUUAUUCCCAAUCAAGGGUACAUGUCAGAGGCUGGUGCCAGUUUGGUUGACUCCAAGUUCGGACUUGGUGUCGUUCCUAAAACAAAGGUAGUUGCACUGGCAAGCGAGACCUUCAACUACACUCCUAUUGACAAAGCUAAAGCUAAGUCUGUGAAGUUUGCUACAGAACGGUUCCCUGAUACGCUUGGUAAAAACAUGAAAGCUGGCCUCCCGCCUAAGGUAAGAUAA